ACGUGUCAGCCGCAAUUUCAGGUCCAGACACAAACGCAUAUCAGCCCAUUUCUGACACACAUAUUACCGUGUUUUUCCAUAUUCUCCUGCCUCCUGAAUUUAAAUUCAAUCCUUUGGUUGAUAAAGUUGUGUUGAGGAUUGGUGAAGCUAUGCUCGGUGGGUGGCAUAACAACCAACACGUGCUGUUUUAUGAUUGGCAAUAUCCCUCAGGCCAUUAUGAGAUGUCUUACCAACUUGAAAUUCCAAGAUAUUUAGCUUCGAGAAGUCUAGAGUAUAAAUACUUUGUUAUACGAAACACAGAAACACGCAAGGGGUUCGAUAGAAAGAAUUUAUGGGAUUACUAUUAUGUCCGAGGGCAUGCAGGACCACAUUACAACAGACGACUACAAUUACCAGAUAAAUGGAAAUCUAAAGCAAACUGGCAUCAGUUCGAUGCCAUUAUUAAUCGGAAGCCUAAGGAUGGACUGGUAAGCUGGGUCAAGGAUUAUUGGUCAAGAACUAAAAAACUCAAAGAGGAUGCUACAUUAGCAGUGCAGAUAUACAGUGGGCGCAUUCUCCAAGCUUUCAACAAUGUGAACUCUUCACCUGACGACAUAAGCUAUGCAGUUGAACUACUCGAAAUGAUGGUGCAUGGACUACGGCGAGUGUACGUUCAAGACAGCAACUGCUUUGAAAAGGAAGAUGAAUUCAUGUCAACGCUAGGUGAACAUGUUAUGGAACCAGUGAUACGAUCCUUUGACGAGUGUAUUGAACUCAAGGGAGACGGGACUGAUGUACAGUUGCAGAGGAGAAUGACAGUCCAGUUUGCAUUACUUGCUAUUCUGAAAAACCUGGGCCUCUCUCAACUCAAAAACAAAUACGCUAACAUUCACCACCGGCUGUGUAUGGCUUUUCUGAUCCACCUAGACCCAGACAAGAAGACAUGCAAAGAACUAGAAUUUUUGAAACUUCAUUUCCCCAAGCAACUGAAAUUCUUCAAAGAAGCGUUGGUGAUGCUAGGAAAGUCAGUUAUUGUGGACAAGAAAAAUCCGGCCUGGCUAUUCAUAAUGCCGUUGAUACAUUUCUUGUCUGAUACAUGUGCACCGUAUGACAGCGUUACAGACGAUGCUGCACACGCUGGCAAUGUCCCAGUAUGGUGGGGAACAUCACAUAUUGGGGAAGAUACAACAAAGAAAUUCAAAAGCUUUCAAAAUCAAAGCUGGGUUAUACCACUUGGAGACGUUCUGAAAACUUUGCAGCGGUUCUUUGAGAUUGAUUAUCUUUUGCCAAGAACGAUCGUUGCCAGUCUGAACUUGUAUGAAAUUUUUGAGGCGAUUUCAACUGGCUUGAUUCCGACUGAAGUUUGCUGUGCUGCACUGAUAUAUUACCUCAAAACAACACGCCCAAAGCAUAGUUAUGAUGGGCCCUCUUCCAAUGAAGAAAAUCUUGUAUGUAAAUGUAUACAGACUGUCUACAAACAGCUUCAGGAGGAAUGCAAGAAAAGUCCAGACAGGAAUUGCGUGACGAGAUGGAAAUUAGCUGCAACUAUUUCUUUAGAUUUAGUAGAGGAGGCUUUGUACUACAAAACUGACAGGCACGUCACGGCUUCGUCAAGCAUGUCUGUAUGUCUGAUGUGUGUGUCCCAGUACCAAUUAUCGUUAGAAACGAUGAAAAAUACACAGUUGAAACAAGACAAGAACUUUUCAGACAUUCGAUAUGUAUGUGAGAAGGCAAUACAAUGGUUACAGCGUCACUGGGAUGACUGGACAUGUCUAGACGUUUGUCUUGAGGUCUGGGACUCUUUUAUUGUUAACGAGGCAGCUAUCCUGGAGGUAUUCACAUCGCUAUGGAAUGAAUCAAUUGUAAAGGAGCUGAACAAAAGGCUGACAUACUUUAUUCGUAGAGACAACAGUAACACAGAAAAAUUUGUGCAGUUUUAUUGUCAGAAGGUGGAACAAUUUCAGCCAUACAUGCAAACAUGUUUGGAACAGGUUGCGUUCAAGGCAAUCGACAGGGCAUGCGAAAUGGAUGUUAGGAGUCUCCAGGAUUAUGGGCGGAGAAAAUUCGGACAACUGCUGUCUAAAAUGUUUGAGAAGGAAUGGCAAAAUAUCAUGGAAAAUGCACCAUCUGUUAGGCAAACAGAGUUUUUAGAGAAUAUUUUGACCUGGUCGCCAUUCCUACAGUUCAUGAAAAUAUUUUUCACAAAGCAAGAAAUGGAUCUUCUGAAUGAUGAAUGUAAACUGAAACUGAUGAGAACUAUAUCAGAAGUAGACACACGUGUCGACGAGCUACUAGCAGGAAACUUGCUUGUUGGAGAUUUACUGUUACUACACAAACAUGCGGAAAAAUUCUCAGUAAUGGCAGAGCUCGUGAAAUCGACAGAAACAGAAAAACGUGUGACCGCAGAUAUAGUACGAGGUGCUAUAAAAGUUCGCAAAAAGGAGUUAGACUAUUUUUUGUCAAGAACAGACGCAAUAGCCACCCUGACCUUCCUUUGCAAAAAGUUGACGAAAGUUGAUCUGUCGUCGUUAGAGCUGGUCCUUGAAAAACGUAUAAAUCUUAAAGCAAACAGACUAAGAGAGCUAUGUGUACCGGCUGCGAUUGCAGAUGUGAAAAAAAUUGACGAUUUUGAACCAUACAUUAAUGUGUUUCAAAUAUCAGCGCAGUUAGAUUCAGUUUUACACAGAAUGGUCGAGUGUCAAAAGAGUUCCAUCUUCAUGAAAAUGUGGGAGUCCCAGUGUGAAAUAGAUUUUGAAACCUGUACAUCCGUAGAAAAUGUUGUCAGUAUUUGGCAGCCAGUAUAUAAACGAUGGCAAGAGGCAGCACGCAGUAUCGAGAGUGGAAAGAUACAAUUUAUUGAGUUUGAACGUCUAAUUGGUCGCAUGUUUGGUGAGAAUUACGACAUGAUUUCAGAAGAACUGAGAAUUUUGAAUGUUUCUCACAAAGUAAUCUCGAAAAGAAUUGAUCAGCUGAGAAAAUACAGACACCUAGAAUCAUGCAGAAAGGGAGCAAAGACCUUUUUAUACUUCAAGCGAGAGUAUGAUCUGCGUGGAGAUUUUGAACAGAUCAAACUAAUUGCAGGGGAAGAAGAGGGUCAACUUGAAGUGGAACAAUUUGAUGACUCCUUUAUGAAUGCGUUUGAUUUUCUGAAGGACCUUACAACUAAAAGAGCACACUGCCUCAGUACAUUUUUGAAAUGUCAGCCCCUGGUACAGUGGUUAAAAGAGUCAAUGCAAUCUGGACUGAAAGAGUUGCAAGUAUUUGUUGAUCUGGCAUUAAUGUCCAUCGGAGAUGAUCCCUACAACAUUGGGAAAGUACAGGCUUUGCAUUCUGCAGUAACAGGAUUUGCCCCACUCAUUUUUGACCUGAACCAGGAAUGUGGCUACGAAGAACUCCUCGCAUUAUGUAAACUGGUUUGGCGAGAACUAGAUGUCAACCAAAAGUUACCAAAGCAACUUGAGGAUACAAAUCUUCAGCUAGAAUGGCUAAAAGAGAUCAAGGAGGCGCAUGGAUCAGUUGAGGUUACUUCGAUGAUGCAGACGGAGGCGAUAAAUUCGGAUGGCACUUUUACUGUUGGACGACGAGCCAUGGACCGAAAUAGACAAUCAAAACCACUUGAUGUCAAUGUUUUGAGACAGUUGAAAGGCUAUACAUUUUCUCAGUUACAAGAUUUGCAGAGUCGCCUUAUGUUGGUUGCUGGUAAAGCCGAGAAAGGUGUGGAAAGCGUAGAAAGAUUUACCAUGAUAUUUGACAGUGUAACAAGACUGAGCAAGGUUUUUGUCAAAUUAUAUAGUUCUGGUUGUGUCUUGUUUAAAGAGUGGUCCGCUCGCUUUAUUUGUGACCCCGACCCACGAAGACCUGUUUGUGCGGUAAUAGACUUUGGACAGAGCGAGGAGGUACCCCAGCUUAAGGGUCGUACUUCCGUGAAUGAGGAUUUAAAAGACAUGAUACCCGAAAUUGCAAGAUUCAUGGAAAACUGUCACGAGGAAUGGCUGCAGCAUAUAACAGAAAAACGAAAAUCGUACCUGUAUCUUAACUACUUUACAAUCGACCAGCUUGUGAUUUUACAAAGAGAACUGGUUAAAAUUGGAACAGAUGAGCGACCAUUGCACUGGAUUUAUCCCCUUCUGUCCGCUGUCAAACUAGAGUGUACUGAAGGUGAUGUUCUUCAAGCUAUGCAGUCUGCAAAGGAAGAGGUAGAUAGAAAAGAUCAUAUGGAAACUGAAACAUCAUUUGAUGCAAAUCAGUCGGAGCACACAAAACAUGAAAACGAUGAAAAGAUUCAGACAUUCAUACGCAGUCUUGUAGAUGCAGGACUAGAUGAAACAAUGGCGAUUAAGGCAUUGAACCAUGUAGAUCCGGAUGAUAUUUCCCAGGGCAUUUUAUGGUGUAUGGAACAUACAGAAUCAGAAGAUGAGGAUAUGGAAGUAUCGGAAACUGAGGUAUCCUCGCAAGCUCCGUACCAAGGUUGGAGUCAGUCAGAAGUAUCAAUAAAAUCCUUAAUUGAAAGUGGCAUCUCAGGUUUACGCCAAGACAGCGAGGUCGGUGUGAAACCACUGAUGCAAAACCUGGAGCAGCUUUGGACACAAUUUAUACAGUCGAUUUCAUCAAACGUGAAAGACUACCUUAGUCUAGAACAUCUUGGAAUAAUUCUUGGAUAUUUGGCCGAAAAAAAUACACAUGUCAUGGAAAGGUCGUUGCCACCAGGACUUAAAGAAGGACUUCCAAAUCUCGUCGUAUGUCCAUCGGAUGAUGUUCUUCCGACAACAUUGUCAAUUUACAUGACCGAAAAAGAACAGCCUUUACCACAGUCAGACGAAAUACUGAUGUGUACGCCAGCUACAACAAAAGAUGAAGUUGACAUAUUUUGGAGAAGAGCACUGUUUGAAGGGAGUCAUAAAGUUCAUUGUCUGCUGAAUGCAGACCUGCUGACAUAUGAAGUGAGUGAAGCGGCCGAGAAGCUUCUGCAUGAAUACUUGCUCCAGCUGAUGCACAAGACCAAUGUAAACUAUCGUCUGUGUGUGAUUUGUGGCUCGGACAGAAGGAACCGGUCUAGUACGAUGAUUUCCUUUUUGGACAAGUACCUCAGACAGUCUCCUAUGAUUAAUAUGGACAAGUUGCGCACCUACAUAGCACAAAAACUUGUGGUUCACACAACAAAUGCUCGUAUAAGCCCAGCAGCACUUGCGGAUGAUGAAAGGUCUACAGUGCGUGUCAUAAAAUCCUGGCGGUCUGGUGUUGGAAAAUCGCUCUUCAAGUCUAGAAAAGAGAGGGCAGUGCUAGCAUUAAAUGCAAAGGAAGUAAACGAGGAAUCCGUGACUAUUCCACUACAAGAAAAAGAUGUAGAUCUUCACUAUGUCAUAGAACGACUAUUAGAUCACACACCAAAAGCUAACGAACUGACUGCAAGACUUUUCCAUAUUGAUGUAUCACACGAGGUUCAAGACGGAGUGGAUUUCUUAUUGUUCAAUUUGUUGAUUCUUGGGUGUUUGGUGGACAAGACAGGCUAUGUAUGGAGAAAAUCGAACACUGACUUGUAUCUGAUAGAAACAAUGCCAAUUCUAGCUAAAUCGGACGAUGACAGAGGAUCAACUCUUCAUUAUCUUCAUGCAAUGUUGAAUAUUCUACCAGAUGUUACAUGCAGGUCACCUCGUGAAUGUCUUCUUGUAUACGCAGGCAACACACUGCAAGGUCAAAGGGAAUCUGAUCAGCUCUUUGAUGUAGAGGAGUUUCGUAGCGAAAAAUAUCAACGACCAUUUCAGUACCUCCGCCGACUUGCAACAAAUAGAACAUUACAAGAUGUUAAGGCAGACAAACAAGAGGGAACCGUACAACUGUGUCUUGAAACACUCCUCAGAUAUUGUGGAAUCCAAGAUCCAUCCUGGGCAGAACUCCACCAUUUUGUUUGGUUCCUGAACACUCAGUUAGUGGACUUCGAACUGAAUAAUUUUGUCAGUGCUGCUGCCGCUGAAGAUCUUCCAGGCUUCUCAAAUUUUGUACUGAGAUUCCUUAUUCAGAUGUCAAAAGAUUUCUCAACAAGAUCCCUUAAGAUAAGCGAGGAAUCGCCUGGACUUACAUUAGAACACCAUGAACGUAUGCAGAUUGACGAGGCAAGUCCUGAUGACAAAGAUACUGACAUGGUAGAGCUGUACAAAAUCAGAAGAACUUGGGAAAGCAGCCCACAUCCUUAUCUGUUCUUCAACCGGGAUAGAAUGACUUUUACAUUCCUAGGAUUUUAUAUUGAAAAGGAAUCUGGAAAUUUGAUAGAUCAACAAACUGGUAAUGUUUUAGAGCGUUGUAUCAUGACGAAAAACUUGUACGAAGCUAUGGAAAGAAACCACGUGCCUUUGCAGGAGGAUUUCAAUUCUCUUUUAAGGAUGCAAAAAAUAAAGAAGCUGCGCGAUACUAUGGGUGUAGCGUACACACAUGAUCCAGAUCCAUCGUAUGAGCUGACAACAGACAAUGUCAAGAAAAUUAUGGCUAUUUACAUGCGAUUCAGAUGCGAUAUUCCCGUUAUAAUCAUGGGUGAAACAGGGUGUGGAAAAACCCGUCUAGUUAAGUUUAUGUGUAAAUUACAAGAACCGGAAAAGACAGUUGUUACAAACAUGAUUCUGAUGAAGGUGCAUGGAGGAACCACAAAUUCAGACAUCAUCAAAAGAGUGCGUACAGCAGAAACUAUGGCGAAGAAAAACCAACAGAAAUACGGAGACCACAUGUACACUGUACUUUUCUUCGACGAAGCUAACUCGUCUGAGGCUAUAGGACUCAUUAAAGAAAUCAUGUGUGAUAAGCGUGUGCAAGGGGAGAAACUGAAACUCUGUGAAAAUCUUAAGAUUGUAGCAGCAUGCAACCCAUAUAGAAAACAUUCUGAACAACUGAUUAAAAAGCUUGAGAUGGCCGGACUUGGAUAUCAUGUAGAUGCAGACGAAACAACAGAUAGGCUAGGUCGUGUGCCAAUGCGACGACUAGUUUACAGGGUUCAGCCCCUACCAUUAAGCCUUCUUCCGCUCGUCUGGGACUUUGGUCAGCUGAAUAUAAAAGUAGAAAAUCUCUACAUUCAGCAAAUGGUCAAGAGAUAUAUAGACGCUGCUCACCUCCCAAACAUCAAAGGAUUGAAAGAAGUAACAAGUGAGAUACUAACAAAAUCUCAGCAAUACAUGAGGCAGCAGAAGGAUGAAUGUAGUUUUGUAUCACUUCGAGAUGUGGAGAGGGUAUUGACAGUGAUGAGCUGGUUUUAUACGCAAAGUCAGAAUAACAGAAUACUCUUCAGUCUUAUGGACAAAAGGUUGCACCAAGGUCCCGUUGUGGACGCUAGCCAGAAUAUCAACAGAAUCGAUGAUGUGACACGUUCCUUGAUUUUGGCUCUUGGAGUAUGUUAUCACGCAUGUUUAAAAACACGCGAGCAAUACAGAGAAUUCAUCGCACAAUACUUUGCAAUUCCAUGUAAACUACCGAAGGGCAGGGGACAGAUAUUAGAGGAGAUCGAUUGCUGUCAAGAUGUGUUCCUAGACCAUGUGGAUUUAGAGAAAAACAUUGCCCGUAACAUGGCGUUGAAAGAGAACGUUUUUAUGAUGGUCGUGUGUAUAGAACUACGAAUUCCACUGUUCCUCAUCGGAAAGCCAGGAAGUUCUAAAUCGCUUGCUAAAACGAUUGUUUCAGAUGCAAUGCGCGGAAAUGCUGCAAAACAUAUCCUUUUCAAGGGAAUGAAGCAAGCAAAACUGGUAUCGUAUCAAUGCAGUCCUAUUUCAACGCCAGGUGGUAUAGUCGGAACGUUUAAACAGUGUGCCCAGUUUCAGAAAGACAAAGAUUUAAGUACAUUUGUAUCGGUCGUUGUACUUGACGAGGUUGGUCUUGCUGAAGAUAGCCUAAGGAUGCCUUUAAAGACGUUACAUCCACUUCUAGAGGACGGGUGCCAAGGAGACGAAAAGCCCGAGAAAUACAUGAAGGUGGCCUUCAUUGGGAUUUCCAAUUGGGCAUUAGAUCCAGCAAAGAUGAAUAGAGGCAUUGUAGUGCAGAGAGAAGUUCCUGACCUUGAAGAACUUAUUAACAGUGCACGUGGUAUCUGCACUAUUGGAGAAGAUCUGGAGAAAAGGAAUAGAAUGGAACCGCUGAUCAAACCAAUGGCCAAGGCGUACCUAGAAUUAUUCACCACUGCAUCUAAAAAAAUGAGGGAAUUCUUUGGUCUGAGGGAUUUCUACAGCUUGGUUAAAAUGGUGUUUAGUUUCGUGGAAAAAUCGAAUAAGACACCUACAUGGCAUCAGAUGCUGCAUGCAAUCAAACGGAACUUUGGAGGUCUUGAUCAAGUAGAUCCAGUAGAUUGCUUCAAAAAGCACCUGUCUACAAUCAUAAGUAGUGAACAUCAGCCGAAAGAUGACGACCCAGAUUGCAGCGCAGCCGGACUCAUCAGAGCUUGUCUUGAUACGAACAAUAUUGAAAGCGAGAGUCGAUAUCUUCUGCUACUGACCGAGAAUUAUGGAGCCUUGACUAUCAUUCAACAGCUGAUCCAGGAACGCAGCGAAGACAUAAGACCUAUUACUAUAUUUGGAAGCAGCUUUCGCAGUGAUCAAGAAUAUACACAGGUUUGUCGAAACAUCAACAAAAUCAAAGUUUGCAUGGAAACAGGGAAUACAGUUGUCUUACUGAAUCUAGAGAACCUUUACGAGAGUCUUUACGAUGCGCUGAAUCAGUACUAUGUUUAUUUUGGAGGCGUGAGAUAUGUGGACCUUGGACUUGGAACACACAGAGUGAAGUGUCCCGUACAUCACAAUUUCCGGCUUAUAGUUGUAGCGGAAAAGCAAACAGUCUACAAGAAAUUUCCGAUACCACUAAUCAACAGACUAGAGAAACAUUUUUUGACAUUAAACACAAUGUUAUCCGAUUUGCAACAAAAGCUGGUUUAUGAGUUGGAACAAUGGGCUGUACACUUUGCAUCACAGCGUCAAACAACGCUAUUCCGGAGGGAAACAGAGGAAACAAUGGUUGGAGAUGUUUUCAUCGGCUUUCACGAGGACUCAUGUUCAGCAGUUAUUCACCAUGUCUGUCAAAAGUAUUCUCAGAACAUUCGAGACUUUGAUGAGGAAACUACUCUUAAGAUACUUAAAGAGGCAAAGUGUUUACUGUUGUGGUGUGCAACGCCUGAUGCUCUUGUACGAUUGGAAAGAAGCAGCCUCCCGAUACCUGAACAAGAAUGGUUGAGACAGAAAUAUCUUGAUGAACAGCCACACAAUAGUAUUUUGGAGUAUCUUUCCUACAUGAUCCACCACAAUAGGAAUAAAGAGAUUUUAUCACAGAUCACUACACAUUCCAAGUUGAUGACAACUAUUCAGAUACCGGAUAUCAGCAGAGCUAGUGGGAUAGAUCCAAAGAAAAUACUUCUGAUUGAUACAUUAUCUUCUUUUGAUACAGAACAGCAAUUUAGUAAUAAAAUCAGGCAACACGUGAAGGACAUGGCUGACUCUGCGAAAAUGAUUAUGAUACAAUGUGAAUGCGGUGACGUCAAUGCCAGUUUGAUUGCGUGUGCUAGAUAUUGUGUCAUGGAUGAAUUGGAGAAGUUGAGAGAUGAUAUUAAAGAACUAAUCCAUGUUGUAUUUGUUAUACAGCUACCAAAGGUUUCAGGAGGAUGUUUUUCAGGAUUUCAGUGUGGUAAAUGGCACUCUGCACACAUUGACGAUCUUCUGCCUGAAGACAUGCAGUUACCUUCACUGAAAGAAAUGCAUGGACAAUCCGUUGGAAAGUUGAUCGAUAGUGCUAUGUCAGAGAAAGUUUUGAUGGAAACAGAUGGUUUAGAGAAGGAGAAGAGACCUAUUGAGGAAGAGAUGGAUUGGAAAAGUGAUAAAGAGGAAAUUAGUGUUGAUUCCGAAUAUCAUUCUGUUUAUACUUCUUUGGCCGAGCGGACAAGUACAAAAGAUGGCCUGAAUCUAGAGGAUGUUGUAUUUGAUUUUGAAAAUGUAGACGAAAAUGAAGGUAUAACAAAGAAGAAAGAAUCUGGGAGGCCAAAGUUAAACGUGAAGAAAUUGGUCCUGUCCUGUGUACAAUCUGCACUAUCUAUGGUGAAAGACAAGGAUGAGAGGAAAAACAGGGAAACAGAUAGAGUCGACUUAGUUAUACGGCUGCUUCACCAAGACCAAAUAGAAGGUCAGCCGUCAUUUUUGCAAGGGAUAUGUAUGCUGAUAUCAAAGCUGCUUCAAGAAAAGGAAAAGAAUGCAGGCACAACCCACAAAGCGACACAUUGGUUAGUCAAUGAAGCUGCAAAAUUGGAAAACAUUAACAAAGCCGGAACAUUUAGGAGCUCCUGUAUCAAAAUUUUGGAAAGUAAAGUAUUCCCGAUUCUUGCUGGAAUCAUUGCGUAUUGUGACAAGAACGAAAACCUCAAUAUUCUUCAAGAAACCCAGUAUCCUUGGAAGCAAGACCUUUGGUUGGAGAUAUUGAAUACACCCGGAGCAAUUGAUCUUCAGUACAACGAGUUCCAGUCUCCAACACGAAGCAGUGAUCUUGAAGAGGUUACAGUAAUGUCAACGGGCUGUGAAGGACUUUUAUUCUGUAAUCGAAUGCCAUUUUCUUGGCGUUUCAUAGACAUGAUAAAUGAAGUAUUAAAACUAGACCAUCCCUCAGCAGAUUCUGUCGCCGAAGAAGAAGGAGAUUCACAAAACAUGCGUAAGAGGAAUCUACGAGCAGAGUCGUGUAAGCGUAUACUUAGCGAGCAUCCUUUGUGCAAACCUUUAUCUGGCAUAAAUGAAGAACGUAUUGUCCAAGACGCAACAACUGAGUACACAUGUGACGUCAUACAUACAAUGUAUCCUGUUGCAAAUGACCAAGAAUUUAAUCUGGUAUUUAAUGCCAUUAUGGAAACGGCAAGUCAACUUAGUGAUGGAAUUUCACAUGACAGCCUUCUCGGUUCAGUUGUUUACACCCACCUAGCAUUUGAAGCUGUGUCAAGCAGACUUACAUAUUUUCAUAUGCUCAAUGUUGCAUGGCCAGAGUGCAGUAAAACUAUACUAGAAAAAAGAGCAGAGAAACCCGAUCAUUUCAUGUUCAAGGAAAACGAAAUGACAUUCACUGCUGUGUGUUUACUGGUCGAGAAUAUGUCGCCAACAAAGUCACAACUUGAUACUGAAGCAGGAAGGUCAAAAUGGCUGAACAAUGUUCACCGGUACAGAUCCAUGGUAGAAAAAGUGAUCAGUCUAUAUGAUAAAGAGCCUGUACUGCACGGACCUAGUGUCACGCAUGUUGUUCGGAGAAUAAAGGGACUUUGGACACGUGUGAUGGUUAUGAAACUUUUUGUUGAACACGUCUGUGUGUCAGACAGAGAGAACAGAAUUACAGUGAAAUUUUGUACCCCUUUAUGGUCGCUUCUUGGUGAAGAGGCAGAUAUGAAAAAGAAAGAAUCCAUUAACGCUGUUGAAAAGUUUUUGAAAACAUGUAACAGAGGAGCGAUGAAGGAGUAUCUAGGAUCUGUUAUAAAAUGCAGUGAUUGUGAGACGGUUUUAGAGGGUUUUCCGAUUACUCUUCCCUGCAAAGACGUUCUUUGUGAACGUUGUUACAAUGAUCUUAUUGCUUCAAGGAGUAAUACUUGCACAAAAUGCCGGAAACAAUUUGGCGACGACUGGACCCCAGCCAAGACGGUGACAAAAAGCAAUGCAGAGGAAAAGUUAAGAGACUAUCAGAAAAGAUGUAACGCAUUCUUCAUGGAUGUGGUAUCGCAGCUCAGCUUCGCACACAGGACUGCUCCGUCUGAUGAUGUUGUUGAAAAGUUACUGACAUAUACAUUUUGUGAGACACGUGGAAAACGUCAGCAUACUAAGAACCUUUCCAUAUUUGAUACUGGCAUAGAUUUAAAUCCAGUAUUUAGAUCUUUUCUCCUGCAAUUAUUGCUUCAGACCAGCGAAAACGAGGUGAUAGCAAAUCUGGAAAGAUAUCUCAGACAAGCAGAGUCUGUAGUGAAGGAUGAGGCUUCUGACAGGGAGCAAAUGUACAUCAACUUGAGUCUUUUGGUCAUCAACUGUGUGGAGGAUAAGCUUAUGCAGACUGGAUGUGCUGAUGGGAUAGACCGUAUUGGCUAUGCAAUCAGUGCUUUAGAAAAGGCGUCAAAAACAAUAGAUACAGACGGACUUACUGUAAAAAAGUUGUACGGUUUGGCGAGCGCUAGAAUGGGACUGUCAGUAGUAGCCAACCAGAUUGCUGAAAUGGUAAAGAAAGGUUCAUCAGGAAGUUUGACGAUGAAGCUUAUAGAUGCUGCGAAACAGCUUUGUGUUAAUGCAAAAACAAAAUGUCCAAGAAAUUAUUUGGCGAAGUACAUGUGUAGAUUUUAUGGCACUGAUGUAUACCAAGCAGCGUGCAAGAGUCCGUGUUUUGAUUUGACAUGGAUGGCAAUCAUGAAGAUAAACACAGUGGUUUCGGAUCGAUAUAUUGUAUGUGGAAAUGUGUACACUGAAAUGAGAGAUACAGUCACAAAGACCAUACUUGGGAGAAAUAUCGACGUUCUUCAAGGGAUGGUACAGGAACAAAAUGAGCUGGGUGUUUUUGUUGAACCAAUACUACAGCUAGCCGUAUACAGAGAAAUUACCACUUCAUACCUGCACCCACAGGAACACAGAAAUGUUACACCAGAGGUGUCAAAGAAAAUAUCAGACUUCAUUAAUGGAUGCGAUACAUUACAAAACAAGCAACUGCUGGUGACACUCAUCGAUAACCGACUGACACCUAGUCAUUUGGUUACUACCGAGGCCGAAGAUCUUCGACUGCAAGGGAUACAGAGUUUAAUUGUUCACUUUCUGGCUGUCAUGAAACAUCUAAAAGGAGAGAAAACCCUUCUUCGUCCAUUAUAUUCAUUGGUAGCUAAGCCACAGUUAUGCACCAACUUCUUCAUACCAACGAUGCCGCAAGAUGAUCUUGAGGAUGUAAAAGAGGCUAUACUGGCAUCAAGGGGCACUGUCAAGGGCGCUGAUCAGACGGCUGCAUUUUACCGGUGCCCAAACGGCCAUCCGUACGUAAUUGGAGAUUGUGGAAGACCUUUUGUGAAGGCAAAGUGUCAGUGUGGAGCAGAAAUCGGAGGUCGGGCACAUAAACUCCUUGAAACCAAUACAGUAGACAAUGCGAAAGAUCUGACAAUGACUGGGCACAUUUUGGGUCGUGCAGAAAGAAGAGGUCCUGGUCCAAAACCCGAAAGGUUAAUGACACCUGCUCAGUGUGCAACAGUCAGACUUCUUGUUCAUAUGGCAAUGUAUCUAGGUGCUGGAAGCGAUAUUCAGGGAAUAAAGAGCAUUAUAAAACCAGACAUAGAAACAGAUCAAGUAGAAGAGUUCUUAUGGCAGCAUAUCCAGUUAGAUGUAGAAGAUCUUCACAAUGCCAUAACCAGAAGUGUAGAUGAUGUUCUGCUGUUCAUGCACAGUGUCAUCAACGGAAUUCUGAAGAAACACAAUGCAGGAGACGUGGUUGAGGAAGAUGUGUAUCGCUUAUCAACUAAAAGAGGUCGACAGAAAUGGGAAGUCGACUUUGUUGGAAAAUUCAUCUCCGAAUAUUUUAUGAACAUGGACUCAUAUCUACAACAAUACAACGGAUUGUUAGUGGGAGACAAAAGAUUAGCAUCACCUUUAGAAAACAUUCCUACAGUGUGGAGAUACAGGACACCAGUAUCUCUACAACACCUUAGGCAGGGUCUAGAUGCAGAGAUUGGAAGGACAGGCAGUUCGCAUAAAACAUUUAACGUACUGGAGCUUUUCCUGAAAGAGGAAUAUCAUCUACGAGCUUUGCGAUUCAUUCCAAGCAUAAUGCGUCUACAACGGAUAUUGUUACAGAAAUAUAUGAAGAAACUUGACAAAGCAGAGGCCUCCCAGAUAACUGUCGCACAGUUAAAGAAAGAGGAAAUUGCCGGAAGUGAGACACCACAAUUGAUAUCUGACUUUGCAGAAGCUUGGGAACUGUCAAGAGAGGCAUUAACAUUUUACUUAUGCACAACAGAAUCAGGCGGUGCUUUAAUACCGAAGCAAUACUGUAGACGUUGCAUAAAUGACGAAACACCCGUGUCCAUGCUUCUACCUACAACCGAAGACGAGGGAUUAUGUUCCUACGUACUUUUGGAUUUCUUAAUGAGAAAACAGAAUGAUUUCCUUGAUAAAUAUAUAAAGGAGACUGGGCGUAAAUCAGAAAAUACGACAAGGGUCUAUCCACAAGAGGUUACAUCCGCUCACCUGAUAAGCUAUGAUCCACAUCGAGAUCUCUUGCCAUUAGUUCUGGCCAAUUGCCAGUAUACAUUUAAGAUAGGUGAAGGUACUCAUAUCGAAUAUGAUUUUGCUGGGUUGGAACGACAACUCAUGGACAGAUUCUUAUUCUCAAAAUCCAAGAUUGACAUUGGAAUUGUAUUUCAGGUCGAUCUGAUGGUUUACAGAACAGAAUUUACUAAUGCUUCUGUAUUCAAAAGGCUGUCGGAAUAUAUCAAACAGGAAAACCUGAACGCAUCAGUGAAGAAACAAAUCUGCAAUGAAAUGAAGAGCCUUCCAGAUGUAUGUCAGUCCUUGUAUAACCUGGAUAUUGCUAUAAGUUUUCUUAAAUCUACUGGUGGUUUACCAGAAAAGAAUCUGCACGAGUACAUGAAGAAAACUCUUCAAAUGGAGACUACCUUGUCAAGUCAAAAGGCCCAGCAGAUGUGCCAGUUUAAGCAUGUUCAGUCGCUGUGGUUGUUACUAGCUCUUCUCAAGUCCAAAACGAUGACAGACAAUCAGCAACAGAGAGAGUUUACGUUUGAAAGUGUACAGCGUAUGUAUGAUAUCGACCUCACAGAAAAUCAACUAGAAAACUUCAACCACUAUAUGACAGACUUAUCAGUCGACAAGCUGGGUUUGCUAGUUGAAGUUUUGCACGAGUUCAUUUUAUUGAAGGUUGCUGUGAAACAGAACACUAACGACGAUGACUAUAUGGAUAUCACGGAAAAUCAAAUGAAAGACUGGUUAUUGGCUUACAUAGACGAGAAGGAAAUCCCUCCUCUCGAUACUGUAAUACUCGAGGAUUUCCCUGAAGAUAUCAAGUUAAAACACAGUGUUCAUACAUGGAUUGCUGCAUACAGCUUGUUGAAAGGGAAACAAUCUGGAGUGUACAGUAAAUAUUGAAAAGAGGGAGAGGAUCUAUAUGAAGGAGAGGAACUUUAUAAGUUUUCUUUCGUUCUAAUCCCUUUCGUAUUUGUGUAAUAUAUGUAUACUUGUAAAAUUCUGACUUGAUGUUGAUUUCAAAAUAGAUAUGUUAAACUAAAUAUUGAGAAAAAAACAGGUCUUUGAAGUGUGUUUAAGUGAUUUUGAUGAUAAACAUGUGUUUUUAAGAUAUUUGUGUUGCACAUUGACAAUUGACCGUGACAGCUUAUGCUUUUAGUAUUUUGUCAUGUAAAUAUAAUGUAUAUUAAACGAGUCUGUUCACACAUUUAGAAUUAGUAUGAAUGAUAUUAUAAUAUAUAUGGAAUUAAUAUAAUGAAUUGUUUGCUUCGUUUUGCUUUCACAGUCGCUAUAUAUCAGUAUAUAAUUCAUUAUUGAUUAUUUGUCUAUUUUAUUUUAUCUUGAUUUGUUUAACUUACUGCACGUUAUUUCGACUUUACAGAUGCACUUUGUUAUGGUUUAUAUUCAGUAUUGAUUGUUUGCUGUUUUAUUUUAUCUUUAUGUAUGUACCGUACUGCAAGCACCUUUGCUGGGAUUAAAGCGAAAAAAUAUGUGAUCUUAUAAAAGAGAAGAUUUUCUUAUAUUAACACAACUAUUUGAAAUAUUGUUCUUAAGAUAACAGGAAAUAUCCUUUUAUUUUAAUUGUUAAAACAUAUACAAAUGUUAUAUUUGUGUGUGCGUUGUAUGAAAGCUAAAGAUAUACUUUUAUGAAUAUAUUAAUUGUUUAAUACGCUUGUAGAAAAUAGAAAACAAAAACUUCUGUCUAAAGUAAGUAUCACUUUAUCACACGUCUCGCUUUAAAAUGUGGCGAAUAUUUACUUCUUUGAUAUUCAUAGUAUCAUUAGGUAUACUACUGUGUCAUGAUUUUAUUUUCACAUUUAAGUCAUAUGCUUUGAACUUGAGUAUAUUUAUGUAGCAUAUUUUAGGUCAUAAGCUAUUAAUAUUUUCUUGUCGAUAAUACAUUUUACCAGACAGAAGGAAGCUAUAUCUAGCACUAUUGUCUAAAGUAAUGUAAUUAUAUCGCUGUCAAGAGUGUUUACUAAUAUAUCAUGUUUAUAUUUAAUACUUGUAAAACUGUAUCCUUUUUGCUUAAUGAUAAAAUUACUUUGUUUAAACUCACGUGCGUUUAGAAUUUAAUACAUGUUUUAGACUUAAGUUGUAUAUUGUUCUCAACAAAUAAUCACACAAAUCAUGGCUUUGUAUAACUAUCGUUCUAAUUCGUAAAAACUUACGGUACUUUAAGGAACAACAAACAAUGACUAUAACAUUCGACGUUCGAAUGUCCCCGGUCUUAUUCAUAAAGAUAGGAUAAGUAUUGUGUUUUGUUGUCUUAUGCAUGAUAUUAAAAUACAUUGCCGUUUUGUGUGAAGUAAACAUUAAAAUUAAGAAAUGUUGUCAUAACAUCCAUUUUAAAGUUUGAUGUGUUUUUAUGAAUCAUUUAGUUGAUAAGUAUGCUUAGGGUAUGUUUGCCGAGAUGGUACUUCGAUAUCAAGAGCAGGGUACAAUACCGAGGGUAGAUGACUCAGUUUUGAGUAGUAUUCUAUACUAUUAGUAUUUAAAAAGUGCUUGAGUCGAGUUAAGUACAGGAAUCAUAAAUGUGUUGUAUGCAAAUGACCAAGACCGGCCUUAAUAGCGUUUCUUGCGUUAUUAGUAAGGGGUAUCUGCUUUAAGGCUCAGUUUAAAAAAGCCUGGAGAGCGUUCAAUUUAGAAAUGUCAUCAUUGAAUAUUAAAUAUCAUUUUGUAAA